UAAUUAGAUAGGCACCAUAACACAACCAUUCACCUCUUCCAAAAUAGUUGAAUUACAUUUCCUCUUCGAAAAUUUCCAAAUCAUGGCUAGUUCAAUGUUUGUCAAGGUUACUUGUUUGGCUAUGAUAUGCUUAGUUUUGGGCAUUCCACUAGCUAAUGCUGCUCCUUCAUGUCCUGAAGUGCAACAAACUUUAGCACCAUGCGUUCCGUACGUAACACACCCAGGUCCACCCAUCUCUCCCCCACCACCAUGUUGCAAUGCGGUUAAGACUUUAAAUGGCCAAUCCAAAACUACCCAAGAUCGUCGAGAUGUUUGCGGUUGCCUCAAAUCCAUGAUGGGCGGCAUACCUGGACUCAAUCUUCCUGCCAUUGCUUCCCUCCCUAAAGACUGUGGUGUUGACAUAGGCUAUAUUAUUAGCCCUAACAUGGACUGCAACAAGGUAAACUAGUAUCGAGCAGCUUGAAGGGUUAGUGCUUAAUGAAUAAGGAAUACUUGGUUUGUGGUAAUAACCAAUACAGACAGAAUAAAGGGAUGACUUUACUCUUACAAAAAAAAAAAAAAAAGGAUAGCUUAAUUUCUACGGUUGUAAGUUGUAACUGAAUCCCCACUAUGGAUCACUGUGUAUAAUUAAAUUUAAACCUUAAAUUUUUCAGAUCGAAAUAUUCAAUAUAUGAUGGACAUUUUGAUUUACAA